AUGAGAGUUUAUGAUGGGACGAAUUCUUUUCUUUUUACUGUGGUUUAUGCGAGCCCUAAUGCCUCGUUGCGACAACAUUUUUGGGCUGACCUAACGGAUUUGGCAAACUCGAUGAUGGAACCUUGGAUUCUCGGAGGGGAUUUUAAUGCUUCCUCGUUCGAUAAAGAAAGGAAAGGAGGAGCUUCUGACAAUGCUGGUUGGUGCAAAUCUUUUAGAAAGUGGUUCGAACUUUGUAAGAUGGUGAAUUUAGGCUUCUGCGGUUCUCCUUUUACCUGGAAACGUGGAAAUCUUUUAAAGCGACUUGACAUAUUUGUUUGUAAUAAGAGUUGGGUUGGCAAAUUUGCUUACCAUUACGUUCUUCACCUCCCUAGACUUAACUCUGACCAUAACCCAAUUUUUAUUCGUUUUCAUUCUCAGCGGGAUAACUAUUUGGGGAGCAAGCCGUUUAAGUUUCAAGCUACGCGGAUUGGAAAUGGGGGUUUCAAAGAUAUGAUUGCGAGACAGAUACCUCCUAAGCCGAAUUAUGGAGAUGACAUCAUCUAUUGGGGACAUUCUUCGUUAGGCUUGUUCACUACAAAUACUGCUUAUAAAGCUUUGGAAGAGAAUAAAUGGAGUGAUGAAGAGUUAGGUUGGAAAAUUGUGUGA